ACUAAGGAGACCCGUGUGUGAGUUUGUGUUGUGUGGUGUGGUGUUAAGUGUCAACCAUCCAACUCCAACGAACGAAGCUUCCUACUGUUUCAGCUGCCUUGACCUUUUUCAAUUCCCCCAUCUCCCAUCUUAAUAUCAAUUCAAAACACCCUCCAAUCCAAUCCAAUCCAAUCCAACCCAACCCAACCCAACCCCAUCUCUAUCUCUAUCUCUUGAUUCUGCAACACUGCCACGCUCUUGUUUUCCUAUCCACAGUACUCUCUACACUUUCAGUUCUACAAUACAAGAUUGUUCAACAAUGGAAUGUAAUGAUCAGCAUGUAAGUGUAAACUUGAAGAGAAAAUCACCAGAAAAUGGAGAACGUGUACUCUUCAACACCUUUUCUCUUGAUGACCUUAAUGAAGAUCUCUUUGAAAGGAUACUUUCAUGGCUUCCAACUUCCACAUUCUUUCGCCUGAAUUCUGUGUGCAAAAGAUGGAAAUCAGUAGCUGCUUCUGCCAGUUUCAAGCUUGCCUGCUCUCACAUUCCCUCAAGGGAUCCUUGGUUUUUAAUGGUUGCUCCCAACCUUAACCAAUCUGUUAUCCUUGACUCUGCUGAAAGCACUUGGAAGAGGCUAAAUCACCCCCCUCUUCUGCAAGAAGAAUCUAACCAAGAUUGCGUGCCAGUUGCGGCAUCCGGGGGUUUGAUUUGCUACCGUAAAUCAUCAGGAAACUUCAUUGUAACCAACCCCGUGACAGGUUCUUGUAGAAAACUCCCUCCACUGCAAUUUGCCUCACAAAACCAACCACUCAAUGCCAUUGUGAUGAGCACAAGUUCCAAAGACCAACUCUCCUUCAAAAUUGUGCUAGUCUUUGGUGAACUUCCAAAUCUCUUGUUUAAAGUCUACAAUUCAGGUUCUAACUGUUGGGAGGGUGAGACAGCAUUGAGGAGAAAGACUGAAGACAAUUCCAUUGAAUAUGAUUCCACUGAUGACAAUGUUGUGUACUUCCUCAGCAAGGCUGGAUUUGUUGUGGCGAGCAACAUGCAGAGAAGCCCCUCUAAGCAAUUUUCAUCUGUUAUUACUAACAAAGAUGGUCAAGAGAUUGUCUAUUUUCUUAGCUCCUCAGGGAAUGUAGUAGCUUGCAAUUUGACAUGCAAGUGCUUCUUUGAGUACCCCAGGUUGUUGCCUGUUUUUAGUGAGUAUUCCAUUGAUGUUGUGGAAUGCAAUGGGGAGAUGCUGGUUGUUUUGUUAUCAGAAUUCUUAGAAAUUGCAACUCUUAGGGUGUGGAAAUAUGAUGAAGCUAGUAGAGGGUGGCAUCAGAUUGCAGCAAUGCCUGCAGCAAAUUCUCAUGAGUGGUAUGGGAAGAAGGCAGAUAUUAACUGUGUUGGUGCUGGUAACCAAAUCUUCAUAUGCUUGAACUCCCCUGAGCUAUGCACUUAUGUUGUGUGUGAUUUGGAGACCAACAAGUGGGUUGAAUUUCCAAAAUGUUGCAUAAAUGGAGAAGUCAUAGACUUUAUGUCUGCCCUUUCAUUUGAGCCUCGGAUUGAGGCUUCAGUGUGACAACAAAAUGGCCUUGACUUUGAUGAUAUUUACCAUCCUUUUAUAGUUCCCUUAGCACAAAUUUUCCUAUCAGUUGUAGUUGUAGUUGUACUUUAAUUGUUAAAGCGAAAUAGCUAGCUAGUGGAAGAGAUGGAAACUAACAAUGUGAUUGAUUGCUAACUGAGAUAUUUAUUUUCAUUGAUUAUUUAGGUGUAUAUUGUUUUCAGUGAUGUUACUUUCACAGCAUAACCAUGUUUAUGAUA